AUGGAAGCGCGCACGAAACAGGCAAGAGCACCAAAAGGUUCAAUAUGGUGCGCUCAAAGGGCCCGCAAAGAUCUUCGCGCCAGGGGCUGUAGAGGUCUUGGCUCCAGGAUCAGUAAGGGGCAACCGUUUUCCCCGCUGACUUUAUCGACGCCAGCUGUCACGGAAAUAGGCUUCGGCACUUUACUUUACGGCUCGAGGCUAAGCGCUGGUGGGAGUCGUCGCGGCGAGACGAUGCUCCGUCGCGCUUCUGCUUUCGGAAGCCUGACUGAACGUCUAAAUAGUGUCUGGGCCACCCUUAAAGAUGAAGAUGACCUCAGCCUCGAGAACAUAAAAGGUCCUCUUAAGGACAUUCGUCGCGCCUUACUUGAAGCAGACGUAUCGUUGCCUGUCGUCCGCCGCUUUAUCAAGAACAUAGAGCAGAAGGCAAUCGGGACAAGAGUGACUAAAGGCGUCAACGCAGGACAGCAGCUCACGAAGGUUGUUGCUGAUGAGCUUUGUGAGCUGAUGGGGGGUUUCGGUGGAGAUAGCCUUGCGUUCAAAGAUCCCUCCAUGGGCCCAACCGUCAUUCUCAUGGCAGGCCUACAGGGCGUCGGUAAAACAACUGCUUGUGGCAAGCUUGCUCUCUACCUAAAAAAGCAGGGAAAAGAUUCUUUGCUCGUUGCAACAGAUGUUUAUCGUCCAGCUGCGAUUGAACAACUAAAAAGGCUCGGUGAACAAGUGAAAACCCCCGUUUUCGAUAUGGGCGUCCGCGUAGAUCCGCCGGAGGUCGCACGGCUUGGUCUUGAGAAGGCGAGAGCAGAAGGAAUCGACGUUGUCAUCAUCGAUACUGCUGGCAGACUUCAGGUCGAUGUGCAUUUGAUGGAAGAGUUACGGGCCACCAAGAUUGCAACCGCGGCGGAUGAAAUCUUAUUGGUGGUUGAUGCAAUGACUGGCCAAGAAGCAGCGGCCUUGACGGCAGCUUUUGAUGAGGCCGUGGGUAUUACCGGUGCCGUGCUUACCAAAAUGGAUGGUGACACCCGUGGUGGCGCAGCCCUGUCCGUGAGAGAGGUGAGUGGUAAACCGAUUAAAUUCACAGGUGUCGGUGAGAAGAUGGAAGCCCUAGAACCAUUUUAUCCUGAACGAAUGGCUAGUAGAAUUCUUGGCAUGGGCGAUGUUGUAACUCUCGUUGAGCGCGCUCAGCAAGUCGUGAAGAAUGAGGAGGCCGAGCAGAUGCGUGAUAAAAUUUUGAGUGCAACCUUUGAUUUCAAUGACUUCAUCAAGCAGAUGGAAAUGAUGGGGCAGAUGGGUGGCAUGGAUGGAUUCAUGAAGUUGUUGCCAGGAAUGAGCGGCAUGAGCGAACGUGAAAUGCAAGAAGCUGAUAAAUCUUUGAAGGUGGCGAAAUCUCUCAUAUUGUCAAUGACCUCUAAGGAACGCCAGUUUCCCGAUAUUCUCGUAGCUGGUGCUUCGGCAAAGUCUCGCAGAAAACGAAUCAUAGAGGGCGCAGGGCGUAGUGAGAAAGAUCUUUCCCAGCUCAUUGUUCUGUUUGGCAGCAUGCGUGUCAAAAUGCAAAAAAUGACAGCUGAAAUCACCGGCGCAUCUGCAGAGGUUGGCCUCACACCGCAGCUUAGUGAAGAAGAUAUGAACACACUCGCAAAUGAAGGGCUGCGCAAGAAUGUGUCUCCAGGUAUGGUUCGCCGGCUGAGAAUCAGGCGUUUGACGGGCUCCUGA